AUGUCACAAGAAGAAACUCUACGCGAGACAAAGUUCGACACGGAGACAGACAUCCUCAUCGUAGGAAGUGGUGGAGCCGGAUUGACAGCCUCCCUCCGCGCCGGUUCCCUCGGUUUAAACUCCAUCGUCAUCGAGAAAGGACAGAAAGUAGGCGGUUCGACAGCUUAUUCUGGAGGAGGAUGCUGGGUGCCCGGAAACUCAAUCGCCAAAUCCCAUGGCGUAAACGAGAACCGCGAGAAUCUCUUGAAAUACAUGGAACAUGGCAUCAUGCAGCACGGCGACCCUGGCCCAGCGUCAUCCAUCGCUCGUCGGAUGGCCUUCAUUGACAACGCGCCACAAAUGGUUGACUUCUUGAAAGACCAGGGAUAUCGGUGGCAUUUCACGCAACACUAUCCAGACUACUACCCCCAUCUGCCCGGAGCCAGUGAGACCGGCGGGCGCACACUCGAGCCUGAGUUUUUCGACAAGAGAAAGCUGGGCGAUUGGGCAGAUUGGGUGCUGGCGAGAGACGGCUACAUUCCGCCAUUUCACAUCUAUCAAGCAGCUCGCUUGACGAGGGCAAUGUCAUCUGUGCGAGACUUCUUGUACGCAGCGCGACUCAUGACACCGGUACUUGUCAGGCGCGCAUUGGGCCAGAAGCAAGUCGGUCUGGGCCACGCCCUCAUUGCACAGCUUCUAUACUUGAACAAGCAGAAAGAACGGGAGAUAUGGCGCAACUCGCCGCUAUUGUCGCUCAUUUCUGGACCUAACGGCGCCAUCAUUGGGGCGACUGUAAAGCACAAUGAUGCAGUACGCACAAUCAAAGCUCGCCACGGCGUCCUCCUCUGCGCUGGAGGCUUUGCGAGGAACAAAGAGCUGCGGGAGAAGCAUGGACGCCAACCCGCCAGCGUGGAAUGGACGAGUGUGCCUCCGGGUGACAACGGAGACGCCAUCACAGCAGGUGUUGAUGCCGGCGCAGAAACGGCGUUGCUGGAGGAAGCCUGGUGGGGUCCGACAAUCCUGGACCCUGUAAUGGGUAAUCCUCAUUUUGCCCUUUCUGAACGUACUCGGCCAUUCUGCAUUAUCGUCGAUUCGGCUGGGCAGCGGUAUAUGAACGAAGCCGCAAGUUACACGGAUACGGGCCGUAUCAUGUACGAACGACACAAAGAGGUUCCGGCAGUGCCUUCGUGGCUGAUUAUGGAUCGGAAGUACCUUGACAUGUACACACUAGGCUCCCUACCGCCUCGGAAUCGAGCUAAGGAGAAGAAAGCAGAGGAAGCGGGUCGUUUGUUCUGCUCAGAAACACUCGCUGGUCUUGCCGAGAAAAUCGGCGUCGAUGCUGCAGGGCUAACAGGUAGUAUUCAACGGUGGAAUGAGAUGUGUGUCAAAGGCAGAGACGAGGACUUUCACAAGGGCGCAAACGCCUACGAUCAGUUCUUUGGAGACCUCAACAUCAGGCCGAAUCCAAACAUGGGACCCGUUGAGAAGGCUCCGUACUACGCCGUCAAGAUCUAUCCUGGAGAUCUAGGUACGAAAGGGGGCCUGCUCACAGAUGAAUUUUCACGAGUUCUCAAGAAGGACGGGGCUGUUCUGGAGGGCUUGUACGGGGCUGGGAAUACUACCGCCAGCGUUAUGGGAAGGGCUUAUCUAGGAGCCGGGUCGACGCUGGGUCCGGCUUUGACCUUUGCGUAUAUUGCGAUUAACCAUAUGGCGUCAAAGGGCUGA